AUGGUCCUUCAGGACCGUGAUGAAGGGCUGCUCCUGGAUUUGUCGGUUUUCACAGAUCCGCCGCAGCCGUACCAGGUGUGGAAAGGCAGUGCCGUGGAAGUGACCAACCAGAACGAGCGCGAGCUCUUGGGUCACUUGGCCAUUGCGGGCUACACCAAGGACCUUUGGGACCUACCGAAGGAGUCGUUACCACCAACGGCUUCGGCCAAGCAUGGAAAGGUCGUAGCUGGCUUCUAUCAGGUGCACAAAGACCAUGUGGAGUCAUUGGAGGUGGAACGCCCCGACUUCCUCUUCAGCAACGUGGAUCGCUUCCGCAAGCGCAAGGCGUCAGCGGCGCCAAAGGCUGCCCUGGCUCCGAGCGAUACCAUCCCUCCGGGGGAGGCGGUGUUUCAGUGGUGGUGGGGCGAUCCACAUCCCGGAGGAAGUGGUCACUGGAAGAACUACCAUCCCCAUGUCAGUGCCAAGCUGGAAGAGGAGUUGGCGCGAAAUGAGAAGUUUCGAGAUUGUCAAGAAGCUGUGCCGAUCGAUGAAGUGCGAUACUGCUUGCAGAGAAUCUCUCCAUCGGCUCCCUUCGAUUACUGCAGCGAUCAGCAUCGCGGGGUGGUCUUUCGAGAGCAAUUCCUACCAUCCAGCCGUCUGACGGUGGAGCAUCCGCACUUCGACGAUGAGACGCGGCUGUCGCAGAACUGCUUCGUUCAAUUUCAGAAGGGCAACCCGCGGCGCCGAAGACCUGUACGGCGGGUGCGCCGAGGAGAGGUUGCAGGCCUCGAUCUGAAAACGGGAUCGGCCUGCAGCAUUUGCUUCUCGGACGAUGGCUUUCUGAUUGGAUGCGGCCAAGGACACUUACUUUGCAAAGGCUGUCGCUGGGCAGCCCUGCGGAUAGUGGUGGGAGACGUGACCCAGACGCAGAACCUUGUUUGUGGUUGCCUCACCAUCGAUGACAAAAGGGCUUUACAGGGCUUGGCCGAAGCCGCAGACAAAUCUUUCCAGGCAUGUCUAGCAGCACCGCCUGCAGAUGCGGGAGAAGACCAGGAAUUUCAGAUGGAGUUGGCUCAGGUUCGAAGACAGUUUCAGGUCCGAGACGUGCCAAGCGACAUCUUCCAACGCAAGGUGGCCGAUUGGUACGAGAUGGCGAGGCGAAGGGAAUCUGAACACUUGUAUCAUGCCUGCGUUCAUCCUGGAUGCAGCAUGGACAACUGGAUUUUGAGGAUAGACUUCGAAUCCAAGUACCGACCCCAGGGACUUUUCACCUGGCUUUGCAGAGCGGGACACAGGAAUUCGGUUCUGCCUAGCCAGAGCGAGAUCAAUCAAGCCAAUAGGAACAUCCUUUCUCAUCCAGAGUAUUACACUCACAGUUGCGGCUAUGACUCAUUGUCCCUGAGACGUUUCCGCUUCUGCCCGGGCUGUGUGGACGAAGGCCUCCUGACCUUUGCCGUGCACAACGAGGGAUGCAAGCAGUGGCCGGGGAGCGGCACCGGCCACAGGCAUUGCUUUUGCUGGCAUUGCACCAAAAAAUGGGGCACAGACUGUUCGCAUUCUGUCAACUGCAACGAUCCUGGACUGCAGCAGGUGCGACGCUGCAGCGAUGGCAGCGGCUCGGAGAAGCUGGAGAUUGGCUUCGUGGAUGCACAGGCCUACAUUGCUUGGAUCAGAACGGGUGAGAAUUGCCCUGACACCAUCUUUGAGAACAGCCGAAUCUUGGGUUUGACCAGACAAGGCCAGCUUAAGAUGGAGGACAGAGACACUUUGAAGAGCUACAUGGACGAAGGGACAACUUGAGAUGCCGCAGCAGAUUUGGAUGAG